UCCUUACAACCAUACAAAGUUAUCAUUCAUACAUUGCAUUGCACCAAGAUCCGUCUAUGGUCGCCUCGCUUGAUGCUCCAAACAUGAAAUUGCUCGUACCUUCUUCUCUGGCCAUAUUCGUAUACAUCAUCGGCCUAAUCUGCGCCCUCGCUGGCAUCUCGGUGGCGCAAAACUCUCAUCAAGACUUCGUCGACGAGCACAAUGCCGCCCGUGCUGAAGUCGGGGUCAGCCCGAUCACUUGGAACCGUACGGUUGCGGCUUACGCUCGGAAGUACGCCGAGGAGCGGAGAGGCGACUGCAACCUCGAGCACUCUGGAGGGCCCUACGGCGAGAACCUGGCCAAGGGCUAUGGCGUCCUGAGCGGCAGGGACUCGGUGAAGAUGUGGGUGGGAGAGGAGGACGACUACGACUACAGCUCGAACUCGUGCGUGGUAGGCGAGUGCCGGCACUACACUCAAGUCGUGUGGCGCGACUCGGUUCAUCUAGGAUGCGCUCGAGUGAAGUGCGAUGACGGGUGGUGGUUCGUGAUAUGCAGCUAUGAUCCUCCCGGCAAUUAUGAAGGCGAGCGGCCAUAUUGAGCAGUCUAUAUUAAGU